UUGUUUGAUCACAGCCUUGAAGAGAGCCUUAGGGGUGUACUUAAUAUAGUAUUUGGAAAUACACGUGUUCACUUUCCUGCUCAGAGUUGGAUGACAAAAUUGAUAUCUCACUCAUGUGAAGCUACAGCCAGGAGAAGUUUAGCUUAGCUUAGCAUAAAGACUGAAAGCAGAGGGAAACAGUUAGCCUGGCUCUGUUGUCGCGAGAAAACGUAUCUCGUAUGUUUAAAUUGUACAACAAACGAAAGUGUGAAAAUGACAUGUUUUGGGUACCUGUAGGGUUUUGUACCAGACUUUUUCUUGGUCAGGUGCAGGGACUUCCUGGACAAUCUCUCCCCUUCACAUUAUUUGGAUAGAUUAAACAAACAAGUAUAACAUGUUAAUAAAUGAUGGUCAGAUUUUGUUGUCCUUCAUUACAGUCAGGCUAGCUAGCUGCUUGUUUCCAGUCUUCGUGCUAAGCUAACAGUCCCAGUCACGUCAUGCUUUCCAUACAGACAUUGUCUUCUCGUCCGCUUGUAUCCUACAGAAGGAAAAAUGGUUUUCAAGCCGUAUGGAAAUGAGUACAAAUCUGUGGAUGCCUUAAACAAACGUUCAUAAACGUGAAACUGGAUUUGCAUCAGCAGGCACAAGUUGUAGCAAAGCAUGCAAAACUGCUGGUGUGCGGCUUAAGUUUGAGCUCCUGAAGCAUAAAUCACACACACUUUGUGUUAAACGUCGUCCAAACUGUAUUCUACAUUUUCAGACUUUUGGAUGAAAAUCAGUCCUACCAGGCAGCCACUGGUUUACAUAAAAAUCAUUAAUUAGCUGUGUUAUAUUCAGUAUGAGUACCGUUUAAAUGCACUUUGUUAAUGUUUGUUUGGGGUUUGGGGUUUGGGGUUCUUGAAGUGGGGUUGAACGAGGUCAGUCUAUUACCUUUAAUAUAGGGAAGGUGGCUUGUCCCCACUUUGGAAGAGCAGCAGGACUACCAGUAUCUACUGCUGUGGACGAGGCCAACAGCAAAGUGUGUUUCAGCCUCCACAAAAAGCCACCGCACCCCUUUGACAGAAACAGUAAUUUUACAGCGUGGGACUUUCUGGUCUACUGCUGCUUCCAGUCAGUUAAUUUAUCUGUGUUAUUGUGUCUUUUAAAGGGUUAAUUGAGUUCACCAAAGUCACAUAAAUCCCAAACUUCGCCUUUAACCACGACGAUAAUGUAACUCUGACCAGGCAUAAUGUUACUGUAAAAUCAUAGAACUCAUAGAACAUGGAAGAAAGUUUUAAGAGUCCUUUAAUUGGUUUUCAUGCACAGACUGAAUAUGAAUGGAAACCAGGGGCUUCCUGAAACGGAUCGACGUGGUUUCCAAAAGGGAGACUGUGAUGUAAAGUGCACCAAAUGGGCCGAAACAUGCAAAACCAGCUGUAUGAUCCUUCACAGCUGAGAGUGAAACUCUGCAGCAGGUUAUUAUCAGCUCUGACUGACCUGUUAGCUGCUACUUGAGGCACUGCAGCGAUAAGAGCGAGGUUACAUGUAUAAGUCAUUUCCUGGUGUUGACUGUACGCAAACAGUGACACGACAUGGCACAGAGCCCAGCCCAUAAACCCUUUCAAAGUAAAAUAAUGGUCACUGGUUUUCAGAAGAACCAGACUGACUGAGAUUCUGAUCAGGUCUUUUGUUGCCAUAAGCAGACUUUGUUGCUGUGACAGUUACAGGCUGCUGUGUUCAGGUCAAGGUUCAAGUGGCACAACAGGCGAAAGAAAAGGCGAAAAUGAAAGGUAAUCAUGGUGCCUGUUGCUUUCCCAGUGAAAGGUGUGUCAUUGUCAAUGGACUGGAUUGUGACCACACCUACAUCAGUGCUGGAAGGAUUACCAGCACCUUUCAGACGCAAGCCUCCACAUGCUCAGUGUGCAUGAAUGACAGAAAACCCUGAAACCGAAUGGAAAAGAGAAAAAGAAUACGGAGGCUGAAAGAAGCUGAGGAGAAGUUUUAGAAGAAGGACUAAAGAAACUGAAUAUGAAUUCAGAUCCUGGAGUCACUCAGCUGGUCCCUUCCUGGGGGGCACCUGGAAACCCCCCCAGCGAUGAGCCAAUCACCAGCUCAGACCAUCAGGUCCAGGAGCUCGAGCUGGAUCCGGUGCUGGUUUGGGCUCCCAGCGGCAGGCGUCUGAUCUCUGGUCUCCUGGGCCUGAACGUGGUGCUGCUGGGAGCUGCCCUGGUGGCCGGACAGGCUUUCAACCCCGAGGGCCUGAAGCACGACGAGCCUCAGGUGUUCAUGCUGAUGCUGAUGGGGGUCAGUUUGGUUUGGAUGCUGUGGUACCUGCUGUGGGCCAGGAAGCAGCCAGACAUGUGCCCACAUAAAGACCACCACGCCGGGGGGAUCACCGUCACCCUGGUCCUGGUGCUUUUUGCUGCAUUCAGUGCGCUGCUGUACAUCUGCAGGAUGGGCUAUUUGAUCAGCAUGAGGGCGUGUAAGCCUGCCGCUAAGGUGCUCUCUCCAUUCAUCGAGGCUCCUUUCCUCACACUGCAGACGUAUUUACUGUGGGCUCACUCCAAAGACUGCAUUCACAGGCACAAGAUAAUCACCAGGUCCGGGCUGAUGCUGAUCCUCUCAGCCGACCUGCUGCUGUGGCUCAACGCUGUGACUGAGGACACCAUCCACGAGGAGAUCGAGUUAGAGAAAGAAGGCCAGCUUGAUUUCAGCAACACGACCUCGACUGAAGCAGACGAUUCUGAUUUGGCAGGAAACGGUAACUCGACCUUCUGUCAGUGCAGUGCGAGCGCGGCCUGCCUCGCCUUCAGGAAAGGCAUCGAAAUCCUCUAUCCCUUCAACAUGGAGUACUACCUGAUGGCAGGCUGCAUGAUCUACGUGAUGUGGAAGAACGUGGGCCGCAGCAUAAGUCCUGGUCACCACCAGAUCACUCAGAAGCUGACCCUUCGCGUGGUCUACGAGGGUGGGAUCAUAUUCGGCCUCGUGCUUGGCGUCCUGGUCCUCGUAGCUGGAGUGAACGUCUUCAUUCUCUACCAGGUCUGGGUGGGCCAGUGGGAGCUUCGCCUCACCGCCUUUCUCAUAUUUUACGGCUACCAUUUAGCGGUCAUGCCCGUCAUGUCUCUCUGCUGCCUGGUCGGGAUGCUGAUCUACAGGCUGGAGAGGAGGGCGAACGAAGGGGGACACAACCCCACUCGUAGCCUGGACGUGAUCCUCCUGGUGGCGGCGGCUCUGGGCCAGCUCGCCCUGUCCUACUUCUCCCUGGUGGCGGCCCUGGCUGUGGGGACCCAAGGGCCUCUGGGGGGCCUCGACCUGUCCUACUCCCUCCUCAGCCUGCUGGAGCUCGUCCUGCAGAACAUCUUCAUCAUCGAGGGCCUCCACAGGCACCCGAAUCUGCUCGCCCAGAAGAAGGAGCGGCGGCUGAGCAGCAUAUUCAGGUCUAAAAAGAAGGUUUCUGUGCCAAGACAAGAGGAGAGGAACACCACAGAUAAUUCACUGCUGGAGGGGAACACACCAGCUGCUGUUCAAAAGCCUGAUGGGAAAAAGCCCUGGACCAAAAGAGUGCUGAAAGAAAUCUGCGCCUUCCUCAUCCUGUCUAAUGUCAUGCUGUGGGUCAUCCCUGCAUUUGGAGUCCACCCCCAGUUUGAGAACGGCCUUGGGAAGCAGUUUUUUGGCUUCACUGCUUGGUUUGUUCUGGUAAACGUGGGCCAGCCGCUCAGCGUUUUCUACCGGAUGCACUCUGUGGGAGCUCUGAUGGAGCUGCUCAUCUCGGCAUGAGGACUGCAUCGCUUUCCAACAACAUGAAACAACAGGACACACAUUUACAAAUUAUUUGUUCUCUGUAUUCUGUGGACGCCCCCGUGAGGUUCUUGGUUUUGGGCCCUUUAGUCCCAGGUGGAGGCAACAGUUUGUUUCAACACAAAGCCAGCUCCCCACACACAAGCCCUUAAAUUACAGCAGUCAUGACAGCAGCCCUCCAGCCAAUAACUAAAAAUUAAAGCUGAAAUUGUGAUAAAGCUGAAAAGAAAACAAGAAA